AUGACCACAGGUACAGUUCCUCUAGCUUUGACGAAAGGAACUAUACCAAAAGUACCACAAGUUCAACAGCGUCACGCUCAAAGAUCCACUUCCCCGUCGAUCGGUCGAAAACCUAGUCGGCCGUCUAGGACGAACAUCCAUAUUCCUAGAUACAACACGCGUCAGACCUCACGACAACAGAGACACACAAAAUUAUCACGGAAGAAGCCAUCGGUGUCCUCUGUGAGUUUGAGUUACAAAGAGACUGUGUUUUCAGAGGAAGUCAAGGGCGACGAUGGCUGCUUGCGGACAAGUGAGACUGUUCCGUCUUCCUACUCUGACCAUGGAGCAUGUUCCGAGGAUGAUGGACAGCACGCCUGCGAGAGCGACGCGCUUUGCGACCAACAAAUGCAAGCUCGCAGAGAAAUCCCCCCCGGAGAACAUAUCCUUCAUCAGGAUGUCGACAUGAGAGGGGUUCAUACUAGUGUCAUUCCUACUCAACUCAGCCAGCAUCAGGAACGGUCUCAAUUUUCAACACCUUUACUGAGUUCGAGUACAACACCCACAAAAACUGAAGACGCUGAGUGGGAGAAGAUUUCGGCCUUCGAAGCAUUCAAAAAGGACCCAGCACACCAGUACUGGACAUGGGAUGCAGAUGCACAGCAGUGGUGCCAUAUAGAUGAACAAGGGCUCGUCUUUUCAUGCCCUAGCACGCUGGAUUAG